GGUAUCAACAGCUGCGGUCAACGAUGAAAGCCUCUCUUGCAUGUUUUUGUCAUUUCUUUUGCCACACCGUUUUGGGGGAGACACCAGGCAGACAAAGGAGAGACAUACUUAUAGACAUAGAAAGAGAGAGAAAGAGCGAGAGUGGAUAAACUGGCACGCUGUUGCUCCACAGCAGCAGCACCAGCAGCAGCAGCAGCAGCCUCCUGUGACGUCACGACACGGUGAGGGCUCUAAGCCCUGCCCUGCCCUGCACGGCUCGGCCGACGAUUGAAGGCGGGCAACAGAUACAGACACACGACACAUCGUGCGAGGGGCGGCUCUUAUCAGCAUUCGGCAUCGGACAAAUCGAAGACAACAAACAAAAGCGGAAUUGAUUUCGACGAGAGAGGACCGCUAAUCAUUCGAAAUGUUGCCAUCGCCGUUGCUCCUUCUGCUGCUGCUUUGCGUGUCCGGACACAACGUCCACGCCCACUAUACCAGCGGUGAUGUGGUGUACCAUCCGUUGUCGCACUUCUGGACGGGCGUGGGCUUCUGUCCAGCCGGUGAUAUCGAUCAUGAGGGGAUUAGCGCCGCCCUGGCCGCACCCGAGCUGCAAAUGAAUCUGCGGCAAAUAGCAGCCCUGCCGGUGGGCGCUGUGACCCACAUACGCAUCCACUGGCUGCUGGAGCUGGUGCAUUUCCUGCAGUACGACAUGAGCGGUGUGCCCAUGUACGACUUUGGUAAGUUUGACACUUUCAUUGACUUUCUGCACGAGGAACUGCGCCUGUCGCCGGUGCUGGAGUUUAUGGGGAAUCCGGGGCAGGUCUUUACGGAGAAUCCACAGCAGAUCUCCUUCUUCUGGGACCACCUGGUGAAGACAACCCUUAAUCAUCAGAUAGUAAGACAUGGCUCUGCCCGCAUGGCCAACUGGCGUUACGAGACCUGGAACGAGCCGGAUCUGCAUGGCUACAAUACGCUCAAUCUUACAGUGGACUACUACCUGGACUAUGUCCAGGCCGUGCGUCGCGGUCUUAGCAAGGCGGGUGCUGCCCAUGGACAUUCCAGCUCGAAUCUGCCCAUGUACCGCGCUCUUCGUGGUCCAGCAGGCCUGUUCAAGUCCCUCAACGGUCAUCCGCGUUGCUGGAAGCUGCUCGAGCUGUGCAAUCAACGUAUGGUGCACUGUCCCAUCGAUGUGCUCAGCUUUCAUCGCAAGGGACUCAAUGGCACUGCCGUGGAGAUCGUCAAUGCGUCGCUAUCUUUGCUGGCACAGAUCUACGAGAAGUAUCCGAAUCUCAAGCAACUGCCAGUGGCCGAUGAUGAAGCUGAUCCUGUGGCUGGUUGGAGCACACCUCGCGAAUUCCAGGCGGAUGUGCGCUAUGGCGUAACUUUGAUGUCCACUGUGAUGCAGCAUUGGCAUGCCAAGCUAUCCGGCGGUGCGCUGAGUCGUCUGGAAUCCAUUAGCCAUGACAAUGCCUUCCUCAGCUAUCAUCCGCACGAGUUCACACAGCGCACACUGCUGGCCCACUUCCGCAUGAACGAAACGCAGCCGCCGCACUCUCAGUUCGUACAGAAACCGGUGUAUGCUGCACUGGGUAUGCUAGCCAAGCUGGGCAGUCGCGCUGCAGACAUGGAGCUGGUCAACAUGGACACCAAGCACAGUGUACAGGUCUGGCGCACCGUCUCUGGUGGCAUGGGCGGCCCAGGGCAGUAUAUGGCCACAAUUUUCCUCAGUCCCGAGGAGGCUGUACCCAAGAUUACGCCUUUCCAUCACAAGUACACGCUGAACAUGUCUAUUGCCAAUGAGUCGGCCUUCAUCACGGAGCUUAUGGUGCCACAGAGCACGGAUCCAUACCAUCUGUGGACCCAGGCAGGCAGUCCAGCGUAUCCCAAUGCCACACUGCGCGAGGCCAUGCGUCGGGCGCAGACGCCACGCCUCUACGAAACGGGUCCCAUUUGGCAGUAUAACAGCGAGCUGGUCAUCAAUUCGGCCAGCAUACCGCUGCCCUGGGCGAUGCUGUUGCGCGUAUGCUCCGCCACGUGGCCGAAACUGAAGCGACCGCAGCAGCUGUCCAUUGUGGAGGUCACACACCGCGAGGUGUUCAUCAGCUGGCGCGAGCAUCCCAAGUCCACGCAGUGUCUGAAGAGCUACGAGGUGUGGUUCAAGCAGCGUGGUGGCCAGGGCUUUGCUAUCGACUGGCAGCUGAUAUCCCGAGACUGGCACUUGCCCUAUCCAUCGUUUCAGUAUGCACCCAACGGGCAGAUGAGCUCAGUGAAUGGUUUCUAUAAAGUCCGCGGUGUGGAUGUGUUCAAUGAGACCAGCCCGUUCUCACAAAUAGUCGAGUAUCUGGAGUUGUAAUUUAACAGAAA